GCGGGUUGCGUUUAUGGUUUCGUUACAUCAGCUCUCACCAAAACAACAUUCAUAUAAAGCUUAUGACACAGAUGCAGACUUUUUAAGUGACCGUUAUGUUUUCAAAAGUACAGUUAUAAAAAAUUAUGAUUGCUGGUUGUUCUGCAGCAUAACUUUAAGUGAGUUAGAUACAAAAGGUUUUUAAAAAUCUCCGGUAGUCGUUCACAGGGCAUAACUUGACGUUUUAUUUUCUCUUUUGACCUAAAGAAUGGACCGAUCAUCCAGAGAUAAGAAAGCUGUCAACUACGCAGUCUUCCAAGAUGAUGAUGAUGAUGAAGAUUUUGCAUGUGUGAAGCCUCCUCCCAAAAAACCUCGAACAGCCACCAAAGACCCUAAUUCUUCGAGAAACCACAAAACUACAAGUGCAUCUCCAAAUGAAGUCGCUGAUCUAACCAGCUCAGGAAGCAGGAAGAGGACGUCUGUGGAUGAUAAACUUUAUGAAAGAGAAUUAGAGGCAGCUCUGUUGUUAUCAUUGCUGGACACAUCAAGAACACAGGACGGAGAGCCUACAACCAAAACCGAUGAUAAUGAAAGAUCUCAGCCUCUUCAGUGUUCGCCACCGGUUCUUAUACACUGUACUUCAGAGGGCAGUCAUUUAGUUGGCGAAGGUCAGCCUGCUCCAGAAUCUCCUCCAGUGCUGUCAAAUUGUAGCAUUGAUGGCAGAAGUUUAGGGCUGAAUCUGAUCAGUAUAGACGCCUCCCCUACCAGUGUUUCUAAACCGAAGGAAACCUCAAGGAAGCAAAGAAAACCACUGCAGGAGAAGAAGGACAACAGAGACGACGAGGACUACCAGCUUGAGAACACACCAGAUUCAGAGAGUGAUGCAGACUUCACUGAAGAAGAUGAGAGUGAAGACGAGACAUUCACUGUGAAAAAGAAAAAGGCGGCGUUGAAACAAAAGACAGAAAAAAAGGCACCACCGGCUGCGAAGAACAAGACAGAAAAAAAAGACAAAAAGCCAACAAAAGCCUCAAAAGCUAAAAGCUCGGCUCCCAGCCCAGCGAUCUGUCGGAGUCCUGCUGCUUCUGUGUCUGGACUGAAGAAGACGCCCACUACUCCGCCUCUCUCUAAACCUGCAGCCUGCUCCAGUCCUGCAGGGGCCAGACUGCCUAAGUGGACGCCCCCUGGUCAGGUUGGUCGGAGUCCAGGCGCGUCUCAGAAUGCACAUGUGAAGUCUCCCGGACAGGGACUGCGUUUAGGACUUUCCCGUCUGGCUCGAGUCAAACCCCUUCACCCUAAUGCUGCUGCAAACUAAGUUAAAACAAGCUUGUUUUAAAGAAACAAUGUCAUCGAAAGGUUUCGGUAACUCAUAGUGCAUGGGGCAUAUCUUGGUUUUCAUGGUUUGAGAAAAAUGGUAAGAAGUCUGUUUUCAGAAUGGAUAUUUUAUACUGAAAUGUGUCCAGAAUUAAGACCUUUUAUUCCUCACUUACAAUAUUAUUUAGGGAAGAAAUACCUUUUUUGUUUUGCUUGAAAUAUAUGAAUGUCUUUUUAAUGGUGUGUUUUAGCUUUGUAAAUAUCCACUUUUUGAUAAAUAAAGAUUGUGUAA